AUGGGUGUUCAGGAUGUUACUUUGGUAGCCCAGGAGGGGAGCAAGGGGCAUUACCGGUACCACUGGCAGAGCCACAAUGUCAAGCAGAGUGGUGUGGAUGACAUGGUUCUACUCUCCAAGAUCUCGGAAGACUCCAUUGUGGAGAACCUCAAGAAGCGCUAUAUGGAUGACUACAUAUUUACAUAUAUUGGAUCGGUGCUGAUCUCUGUGAAUCCAUUCAAACAGAUGCCAUAUUUUGGGGAGAAAGAAAUUGAAAUGUACCAAGGAGCUGCUCAGUAUGAAAACCCACCACAUAUUUAUGCUCUGGCAGACAGUAUGUACCGAAACAUGAUCAUUGACAGAGAAAACCAAUGUGUGAUCAUCAGUGGUGAAAGUGGUGCUGGAAAGACUGUGGGAGCCAAGUACAUCAUGAGUUACAUCUCCAAAAUAUCAGGAGGAGGCCCGAAAGUACAGCAUGUGAAGGACAUCAUUCUGCAGUCCAAUCCUCUUUUGGAGGCUUUCGGAAAUGCCAAGACCGUUCGGAACAACAAUUCCAGCAGAUUUGGGAAAUACUUUGAAAUCCAGUUCAGUCCAGGUGGGGAGCCAGAUGGAGGCAAGAUAUCCAACUUCUUGCUGGAAAAAUCUCGGGUGGUCAUGAGGAAUCCUGGAGAGAGAAGCUUCCACAUUUUUUACCAGAUGAUUGAAGGUGCCUCCAGCGAGCAAAAAUCCACCCUUGGCCUCACUAGCAUGGACUACUAUUACUACCUGAGUCUCUCAGGGUCCUACAAAGUGGAGGACAUUAAUGACAAAAUAGAUUUCCAGGAAACUCUGCACGCCAUGAACGUGAUCGGCAUCUUUGCAGAGGAACAGGCGCUGGUCCUGCAGAUUGUGGCUGGGGUGCUGCACUUGGGCAACAUCAGCUUCAAAGAAGCUGGCAACUAUGCCGCCGUGGAGAGCGAGGAGUUCUUGGCGUUUCCAGCCUUCCUCCUGGGAAUCAACCAGGGCCGCCUUAAAGAGAAGCUGACCAGCCGGCAGAUGGACAGCAAGUGGGGAGGGAAAUCAGAGUCCAUCAACGUGACCCUCAAUGUGGAACAAGCAUGUUACACAAGGGAUGCCUUGGCCAAAGCGCUUCAUGCCAGAGUCUUUGAUUUCUUGGUGGAUUCAAUUAACAAGGCUAUGGAAAAAGAUAAUGAAGAAUAUAAUAUUGGUGUCCUGGACAUCUAUGGCUUUGAAAUAUUUCAGAAAAAUGGGUUUGAACAGUUUUGCAUCAAUUUUGUCAACGAGAAGUUACAACAGAUCUUUAUUGAAUUGACUCUGAAGGCAGAGCAGGAAGAAUACGUGCAAGAAGGAAUUCGUUGGACUCCCAUUGAUUACUUCAACAAUAAGAUUGUUUGCGAUCUCAUAGAAAACAAAGUGAACCCACCGGGCAUCAUGAGCAUUCUAGAUGACGUCUGUGCCACCAUGCACGCUGUGGGCGAGGGAGCUGACCAGACCCUGCUGCAGAAGCUCCAGAUGCAGAUUGGGACACAUGAACACUUCAACAGCUGGAACCAGGGCUUCAUCAUCCACCAUUAUGCUGGAAAGGUGUCCUACGACAUGGAUGGCUUCUGUGAAAGGAACCGAGAUGUUCUUUUUAUGGAUCUGAUUGAACUCAUGCAAAGUAGCGAUCGGCCUUUUAUAAAGGCACUGUUUCCGGAGAGCCUCCAGCCUGACAAGAAAGGUCGACCUACGACUGCUGGAAGCAAAAUCAAGAAGCAAGCCAAUGACCUCGUGGGCACUCUGAUGAAAUGCACUCCUCACUACAUCCGCUGCAUCAAGCCCAACGAAACGAAAAAGCCCCGUGACUGGGAAGAAAGCAGGGUAAAACACCAAGUGGAGUAUCUUGGGCUCAAAGAAAAUAUUCGAGUUCGGCGAGCAGGUUAUGCUUAUAGGCGAGUGUUUCGGAAAUUCCUAGAGAGGUAUGCCAUCCUGACCAAAGCAACCUGGCCCUCUUGGAAAGGAGAUGAAAAACAAGGUGUUCUCCACCUACUCCAUUCGGUCAACAUGGACCCUGACCAAUACCAGCUUGGGAAAACAAAAAUCUUCAUCAAAGCACCAGAGUCUUUAUUUCUGCUGGAAGAGAUGAGGGAACGUAAAUAUGAUGGUUAUGCGCGGACAAUCCAGAAGGCGUGGCGGAAGUAUGUGGCCAGGAAGAAAUAUGUACAAAUGAGAGAAGAAGCCUCUGAUCUGCUGCUGAACAAAAAGGAAAGAAGGCGGAACAGUAUCAACAGGAACUUUGUCGGAGACUAUAUUGGCAUGGAGGACCGCCCGGAGUUGCGGCAGUUUUUAGGCAAACGAGAAAAGAUUGAUUUUGCAGACACAGUCAUCAAAUAUGACAGAAGAUUUAAGGGCAUCAAACGAGACCUCAUCCUGUCACCAAAGUGCAUGUACCUGAUUGGGCGUGAAAAGGUGAAACAGGGGCCAGAGAAGGGCCAAGUGAAGGAGGUGCUCAAGCGACGCAUUGAGGUGGAGAGAAUCCUUUCUGUUUCUUUAAGCACGAUGCAAGAUGACUUCUUUGUCUUACACGAGCAAGAAUAUGACAGCCUUCUUGAAUCAGUCUUCAAAACAGAGUUUCUGAGCCUUCUGUCCAAGCGCUAUGAGGAGAAAAUGCAAAGAAGGCUGCCUCUGAAAUUUAGCAAUACGCUGGAAGUGAAGUUGAAAAAAGAGAACUGGGGUCCUUGGAAGGCUGGUGGUUCUCGGCAGGUGCAGUUCAGCCAAGGUCAAGGAGACACUGCCAUCCUCAAGCCAAGCAAUAAAGUGCUGCAGGUCAGCAUUGGGCCUGGACUUCCAAAGAACUCCCGCCCCACAAGGAGGAACGCAAGCCAAGACAGAGGGUAUUCCAGUCGGACAGCAGGCCAGAACUACCCCAUGAGGGCUGCUCCCCCUCCCCCUGGUCUUCAUCAGAAUGGGGUGAUAAGGAUCCCGCAACACACUCCGCAGCCUCAAGGCCCAGCAAACCAGCACACUAGCCAGAGAAGCCUGUACACAAGUAUGGCGUGCCCGCCGUUGCCGCAGGUCUCGGGUGGAUUAGACAGAGGUUCUCAUCAGCCUGGCAGCCUGGACUUCCUCAGAGUGCCAGACCAAGGUGCUGCAGGUGCUCGCAGGCACACUACGAACCGGCCCCCGCCUGCGGGGGGCAGACCCAAGCCCCAGCCCAAGCCCAAGCCUCAGGUACCCCAGUGCAGGGCGCUGUACGCCUACGACGCUCAGGACACAGACGAGCUCAGCUUUAAUGCCAGUGAUGUCAUAGAUAUUAUCAAAGAAGAUCCCUCAGGCUGGUGGACGGGCAGGUUGAGAGGGAAACAAGGACUUUUCCCAAACAAUUAUGUGACCAAAGUGUAAAUCCUGCAUCACGAGAAGCCCUUGUCCAAGGCAAAGGUGCCGAGGGACAGGUUUUACAAACCUUGUAAAUGACCCGUAAAGUGACAACUGUUUACAGAAUCUCUCACUUCAGGAGUGAAAUGAAAGCCGAAGACGGGCACCCAAGCACCUUCUCCAAGAAGCCAAAGCGCAUGCCUCAGAUGACCACCAAACCAAGGAAUUAUUUAUUUUAUUGAGCACGUUUUCCUCACAAAAGAGGGCUGUGUUUAAAUUACUUUACAUUCCUUUGCCCCCUUUUGGCUUAAAUUCUGGAAACAGCAAGGGUGCUUCUUGAGGGCACUGGAAAAGUUAAACUUCCUGUGCAAGUGCCUUUAGUUGCCCUCCUGACUCUCUUCUAAAUUCUCUUUAGCAAAACAAUGGCAUUAUAUGCACCUUUCUUCUGUGGGUGAUGUCACAGAGGAGCAAAGUAAUAAGUUAUGCUGCUACCUGCCUUAGAAAUGUAGGUGUCUCAUUUCUUUGGAACCUUAUCGUUCCCACCCCACCCACCUGCCCAACAUAUGUUUUAAAGAGCUCAUAACAUUCUCAUCCAGGUUUGCUUGAGAACUCUUGACGAUUCUGAAAAGGCACUGCAACCAAAGGAAGGCAGUAUUGUAUGCUGUAAAUGGCUCACAUUGGUUGAUUAAUGUGGCUGGUCCAUAUUUGUUUUUAUUAUUGUAUCAGUGGCAGGGGGCGGGGUGGGCGGGAACACUUCCCUCUUCCCUUCUGGGAAGCUGUAGACUAAACUAAAAGAUCACAUACAAUGUUGAUUUUGAAAUGAAAUUGAAGAGAGAAACCUGUAUGAAUGCAACCAGCAGUCAUCUGCUGUGCUUGUCUAGGAAGGUGGCUUGAUUAGCAUUAGGGGACCAGGUACUUCUACGUAUGCACUAUCAUUAAAAGGUCAGGGUUAGUGCGCUUUAUUAAGCUCAGCUUCCACCUGCCUCAAGUCACAAGAGCUGUUGCUUACUCCACUGCAUGCCAGUUUAUCCAUUCUCUUCUCAAUUGCCAUCAAUAAAAAAACAUAGGAAUUAA